GUGAAUUCAGCGCGAAACUAACGUAAUUUGUUUAAUUUGAAAUAAUUUUUUAAUCUUAUAAUGUAUUAAUUUUUUAAGGGAUAUAAUUCACGUGUGCUCAUUUUUAGGGACCUCAUUUAGGGUGAUGAAGAAGAAAUGCUUGGUUGUCUUAGGCUUGCUACUAAUACACGCAGCUAAAACCUAUGCCAAAAUAUUGAAAGAGAAAACACGAAAUGAAGUAAAAAGAUAUGCACUUGAUAAUGGAGAGAAAAGGGCAUGGGUAUGUCACCCCGGCUGUCAAAGUUAUUGUUUACCUUCCUGCAAAGCAAGUUGUUGCAAACCUGGAGCCCCAGAUUACCACCCAGACAUGAUUCCAGCGAUUGAAUCCUAUCAAAAAGAGGUUGCGGAGCAAGCGAAGAAACAGUCAAUAAACCAAUCACCUUUUGCAUGUGGCCAGUAUUGUUCUCCAUCAUGCGCACCAAGUUGUAAUGCAGAUUGUUGCAGGGGAAUAUAUUCUUCAGCACCACCUCCUCCUCCACCUCAAUAUCAAAAUCAUGUCAUUGGACCCUUUGAAGCAAUAAUACAAAUGCCAUGUGGCGAUAGUUGUGCAGCACAAUGUGCCCCAUUAUGCAGUCAUGCAUGCUGUUUUGGUGGAACAGUGCAAAUUGAUCCUUCACAAUAUAUUGAAAUGAUGGCAAAUCAAAUGCAGCAGCAAACUCAAAGCUCUCAAACUCCACCACCACCACCACCUCCUCCUCCUCCACCUCCACCACCCCCACCACCACCUCCUCCUCCUCCUCCAAAACCCCCAAAAACACAACAUGUACUUAAAAAAGUACAAAAUCUCAAACCAAAACUAACUUUAAAAUGCGAUCCAAGUUGCGAAAAGCUUUGUCUGCCAUCAUGCGAUUUUAUGUGCUGCAUACCAAAAUACCUACGAAAUACUAAAUUUGCUCACUUAAAAGAAGGAUACACUAAACCAAGCGCGUCGUCAGCUUCAACAGGCCAAAGUUUACCAGCAACCUGCAGCGGUCAAUGCAGUCAUUCGUGUUAUCCAUCUUGUACCAAAGAAUGUUGCUUUUCUAAAAAUAGUCAGCAAAGUUUAUCACUUUCACAACCAGUGCAAAGUGUUUUACAACAAUCUUUUUAUAAUACAAUGUCACAAUUACCAACAUCUUGCUCACUUGGUUGUUCAAACGCUUGCGCCCCGUCAUGCACUCCUCAAUGUUGUUUUCCUAGUGUGGUAAAACCACCUAAAAUGAUUCAUAUUAACGUGCCUCCCAUUCACAUCACACUACCAAAUAAUUGCGUUAAUUUUCCUGGUUGCCAGCAGUCUUGUCUGCCGAAUUGCUUACCUGCUUGUUGCGCUGGACCAAAUAUUAUUUCUUCUCAACAAAUACAAUAUCCAAUUCCACCACCAACUUAUCCUGCUUCAUCUUGCCCAAUUCAAUGUUCUCAACAAUGCACUCCUUAUUGCCCUAGUUUUUGUUGUAAACCAUUGCCGCAGUUUUAUUCUCAAUCACAGCCUUCUCUGCCUUUUGCUCCACUUCCUCAAAUCCAACCACCUUUACCUCCUCCACCACCUCCACCACCUCCACCACCUCCACCUCCACCACCUCCACCACCUCCUCCACCUCCUCCACCUCCACCACCACCUCCACUAUUACCACCACCACCUCCUCCAUCUAUAUCUUCAUUUUUAGUACCUCCUCAAAGUUGUCCAAUUCCUUGUUCUCCUCAAUGUGCGCCAAGUUGUAGUGAAAAUUGUUGUAGCUCGCUUAUACCUUCACCGCCUGUAUUAAGAAUGAUUGAUACACCCGCAUUCUCAGCUACAACUACUUCACCUUUUGAAUGCAGUCCAAGUUGCAAUAGUAUAUGUGGACCAUCAUGCAGUCCAUCAUGUUGUAGGGCAGAGUCUACGCCGUAUGUCCCACCACCAAUGCAAGUAAUUGAUAUGCCUGUAAUGCACUUUACUAUGCCAGAUUUUGAUAAUCUUCAAACCGAAAAUGCAUUAUCUACUCCUUCACCUGUUCCUCAAUAUCCUAAUGUAAUGCCUGCUUCAGGAUGCCCAGGCGAUUGUUCUGAUACCUGUGCUCCAAACUGCAAUCAAGAAUGUUGUUCUUCUAAGCCCAUUGUAACAACAACAUCAAUGGUAACACCUUUUUUGGGGGAAAUAAAAUGUCCUCCCCCUUGUCCAGCUAGUUGUGCAAACUCUUGUACCGCAGCAUGUUGUUCAUCUCCUACCCCAUUUGUUGGAGAAAAAACCGAAGUUUAUGACAAAACAUGCCCUGGUGAGUGCUCAGCUUAUUGUGCUCCAGCAUGUACUCAAGAUUGCUGCGAAUCCACAUCAGAAAUGAAUUCAGUUGAAAAAGAAAUAGAUAAAAAUGAGGAUUCGUGCGAAGAAUCGAAUUGCAGCCAGCAAAAAAAAGAAGGUGUAGGGAGCUGGGAUAAAAAAUCAAAAUCUGUAAAACCUGUUUUGGAUGAUAAACGGAGCACUAUUCCAAGAGCAUACUAAAAUUUUAAGGAGAUCCUUUUAUCGAGAGUAAUUGCUCCAUAGUACGGACUGAAUAUAUGAACAGAAUUCUUUUUUCUAAGAUAUAUUUAAGUUCAAAGCAUAAAAACAAACUUAAACAUAAAGAUAAAAUCUUUAUUUUCUGUUUAACUAUGGUCAGUUGGUCCAUUCGUAAAUAAUUUGAAGGUUAUGCGCAUGAGCAAAGAAACUGUUUCUAUCAAAAACUAGACAAAACAAAUAGUUAAAACAAUAAAUUGCUAAAAUUGACAAAAGAUUAUAUAACUUUUCUUAUUAUUAUGGUUGUAAAACAUGUUUGUAUGAAAUGUUUAUGUAUAUAUCCUCAAA